ACUUUUGUUAAAGUUAAGCUGUAUUUGUAUGAAUGAUUAGUCCCUUUAUGUAGUGGCAACACCAUCAUUUUGUUUUUGUUCCAAUUUGUUUUCUUAUCAUUAUGAUAUAAGCCAUGGGUUGAUUCACUUAAAGGAAGUAGACUAGUACAAAAACAGAUUGCUACACCGAAAGUGGCUCUCAAUUCUCGUUCCUACUGUGAUGGAUCUGCUAGGGGUGAUAAGAUUAUGCAUGAUUUAGGGAAGAGUUCUUCCAAACGAGUUACUGGAACACCAAUUAAAGAGUUGCUUGCAGAAGAAAUGGCAAAAGAAGGUGAAUCAAAGAGAAGGCCGCCCAGCAUUGUUGCUAGAUUGAUGGGUCUCGAAGGGAUGCCAUCUCCGCAGCAUAUUGGUAGACAGCAGAGAAGGUUUUCAGACAGCUGCCAACAUAGAAAUGAACAGAUAGAUCCAAGGAAGAGGAGGCAGCUAUUCGAUGAACACCCAAGUCAAAGAAGCUCCAUGGAACACCAAGAAUUCAAGGAUGUAUAUGAGGAUUUGGAAGCAUCACAUGUUGCCAACCGUCGUCAUUCAUCAAGAUGGAGUGAAACCGGAAGAUUUGCCACUCCUGAUAUGGCACUUAUACAGCAGAAGUUUAUGGAUGCAAAACGUCUUUCGACUGAUGAAAGGUUUCAGAACUCAAAAGAAUUUGAUGACACUCUUGAGGAGCUUGAAUCAAAUAAGGACUUAUUGUUGAGGUAUCUUCAGGAACCAGAUUCCUUGUUUGUGAAGCACUUGCAGGACCUGCAAGUUGACACUGCUAGUUCUACAUGCAGUCACAUAGCAGUUUUAAAACCAUCAAAUUCUGUGAAAUAUGAAGGCAGUGCCAAACCCUCCAAAUCUGUUAGAGGUGGUUCACGUAAACAAGGCAUCAACCAGCAGAAAGAGCGCGUUGAUGGUCUCUUACUCCAGUCACAGCAUCGUUAUAGUGAGCAUAAUUCCCAGAAGUCGUCACCGGUUCUUUCUGAAGGAAAGGAGGAAAACAUGCUACCUACAAGAAUUGUUGUUCUGAAGCCAAACCUUGGGAUAACACAAAGUGAUAUUACUUCUGUUCCAUAUCACCCUGAUGUGAGGAAGCAUGCACAAUAUCCUCGUGCUUCACCUGGGGGAGCAGGACAAGAGGAAGAGAGAAAUUCAUCCAAGAAUAUGGGGAUCUCAAGGCCCAAAUCAAACGAAGCAAGAGAUAUGGCAAAGGAAAUUACGAGACGGAUGCGAGAAUCUUUUGGGCCUGUUGAUGGUGAUGCAUAUUUUAGAGGUUCUGGUGUUAAAGGAUAUGCUGGAGAUGAAAGUUCUUGUGAUGUUUAUGAAAGUGACUCGACUGGUGAGUCAGACAUUACAACUUUGUCUUCUAGGAAGUCAUCUGGUAGGGGUAAUCUGAAAAAAUCUUCAUCGCUAGGUUCUUCUGAAUCAUCAGUGGGCAGGGAGGCAAAGGAGAGGUUGUCUGAGAGGUGGAAGAUGACUCAAUAUUAUCAAGACAUUGAAAUGGCUGGUAAGAGUAGUACGCUAGGUGAAAUGCUUUCUUUAGCUGAUGAGGGAACGAAGGACGAUUAUUGUGACAUGGUGCAUGUUGAUGAAGCCACUGACGAACCUGGUGGCAGGAAAGCAACUACUGAAUGGGAUUCCCCACUGGGUAUUAGUAGUAGAGAUGGUUGGAAGGAUGUAUGUAUUAAUGAUUCAUCAGGAUACAGAUCAACUUCUCCACCUUUUUGCAACAAAAAGCAUAGAACCAGAGGACGACGGGAAGUUUUUUCUAAUAAGCAAUACUCAAUUUCCAAAGAGACUGUAAAUCAGGAACAGUCAGUAAAUCAUCGCAGAAGUAGGUCAUUGGAUGGUGUGCUGAAUUUGAGAGACAAAUUCAUAUCAAAAGACGCUAGAUCCAGCAAGAAGAAACUUCAUUCCUCUCGUCUUGCUGGUGACUCCUCGUCAAAAGGCAAGCUAUGCCAGAGAACUGAUAUGAAUCUAGAAGAGAACCUAUCUGAGAAGCUGCUGCCUUUAACUUCUCAAGUGCCUUCUGCAGAUGGAAUGAGUUAUACUAAUGCUUCAGAUGAUGCUGUAACCGAGAGUAUAACCCUGUCUUCAGAAUAUUCUGUACAGCUGCUUCAGAAACUACCUGCAGAAUGUGGAAGUGCUUCUCCUCUUAACCAAGAGGUCUCAAUUCUACAGGAAACACUUCCGGAACCAUCACCAGCAUCACCUGCAAUAGCUUCUGUUGCUUCGGAGUAUCCUGUAGCUGAGCCUGAGUCAUCGGUAAGCUCCAAAGAGGCUGAUCAUCCUAGUCCACUUUCUGUUCUGGAAGUUCCGUUUACAGAAGAUGCGUCUUCUGGUUCAGAAUGUUUUGAGAGAGUCGGUGCUGAACUUAAUGAGCUUCGGAUGCAACUGAAGCUCCUCAAGAUGGAGUCAGAUGCUUAUGCUGAUGUCGUAGUAAGUGAUGACGAGGUUGAGUCCUUUGAAGAAAAUUGUAGUUUAAGGUCCCAAAGCUGGCAAUCUUCUUACACAUUGGAUGUGCUAACGGACUCUGGGUUGAAGGCAUCCGACACUGAUACAUUUGUAACAUCUUGCCACUCUCUGGAUUGUCCUUUGAGUCCCUGGAUUUUCGAUAAUCUUGAGAAAAAGUACACUGAUGAAACAACUGGACCAAGGUAUGAAAGACGGCUACUGUUUGACCGUAUAAACUCGGGUCUACUGGAGAUUCUAAAGAAGUAUGUAGAUCCUUGUCCUUGGGUGAAGCCAAUACAGGGUAUUAACUGGAAGUGGCAGACAUAUGGGAUGAAAAACAUUCUGCAUCAACUGUUGAGAACCCAAGAAGAUCCUGCAAAUGCGGACACGCCCGCUAAUAUUGUGGAAGAGAUGCAUUGGCUAGAACUCAAGGAUGAUAUUGAUCUGAUAGGUAAGGACAUUGAGAAAUUGUUGAUAGAGGACCUCAUAGUAGAAGUUGUAACUAUGUAGGUGCAAUCUAGGUAGUAGUUUCAUACUCGAUAACAAAAGAUGCGAAGUUUUUAGGAGAUAACUAAUAAACUACAAAUGUUGCAUCCACCCUAGUAUUAACUAUAAUAUAGCUUGAUGACAUUUAAAGUGCCAGUAUCGGCCACUCGCAUUACAUGAAAUAUAAGCAUUCUGAAGUUGAUUUCUGCAAGCACAGCAAAA